AUGCUUUCCUAUAGAGUGUUGAUUAUAGCUUCGUUUGUGCUCUUGCUCUUAGGAACAGUUCAAUGUCACUGGUUGGAAGACAUUUCGGAUCUCAUAUCACUCUAUUAUAAGAAUAAAAACGAGAGGCGUGAUGAAAGAAUGAAGGAUACUGGCUUUAACUUAUUCGACCUUUUACAUUUAAUAUUUGUUGGGGAUGGGAAUGAGGAUGAGUACAACGGAAGAAGGGGCAAUGGUGGUUAUGGUGGUGGUAGGAGAAGUGGAGGCCAUUUGGCCCUUAACAUGAAAUCAUGAUCAGCAUCCAGUACAUCAUUCAUUCAAUUAAAGCAGAUCAAUUUUAGUUCGCAAAUGAGGAAAAAAAUUCCUUCAUAGUUUUUUAUUCAAUGAAUAAUUUUAUCGAAAUUUAAAUAUAGUAAUAAAUCUAUUGUUUUUUUACAUUGAA